AUGCCGGGUUCGUCCAUUGUGGAGGCUUCUUCUGGAUCGGUGCUAAUUGGUCUUUCCCGCCAUCAUUUACUCUCCAACACCGCACUCAUUCCUUUACUUCCCUGUGAAGCUGUCACAAUCAACCUUUUACUGCCUUUCUUUCGAAAUCAAUUUCUUUUUCUGUCUUCCUUUUUUUCUUCUUUUUUUUCUUCUUUUCACCUCUUCUCCUUUCAUACUUCUAGACUUCUUAUUUGUAGCUUGACUGUUUCAUUAAUAUAUUUUUGUCCUUAUCCUCUUCCUUUAUAUUUCACUUUUCUCUUUCCUUUGUACAUUUCGUGUGUCUUUUUUUCUACUUCCCCCCCUCUCACAACCUAUUUCUUCUAUUCAUUAUCUCCUCAUUUGAUUGUCUCAAGUAGCGUCUCUCUUUUCAUUUUUUUUUCUCUGUACAAUAUCUUUCGUUCUGCUCUUUUUCUUUCAAUCUCGUAUCCCCACAACUCUUUUUUUUUUCUUCUUUUCUUUUCUUCAUUCUACUUUUCAUUCUUUUCCAACACCCCUUCCCUUCUUAACGCCGUCUUUAUCUUAAUUUCUUUCUCUGUUUUCUACUUUUUCAUUAAAGAAAUCUCCCUUUCCCUCUCUCUCUCUCUCUCUCUCUCUCUCUCUCUUCACUACUACCUUUCUCUUCCUGUUAAUUUUUUUCAUCUUUUUUAUUUUGCGAUUUCUUCUUCAUCUCUUCUUUUUUUCUUCUUUUUUCUUCUUCUUCUUCACCAUAGUCCUUAUUAUUUUCUGUCUUCAUUCACUCCUCCCCCUCAAAACCCCUCUCCUCAAACUCCUCCUCAUCUCAUCCACUUCCUACUCCUUCUCUUCAUCAUCGUCAUGCUUCUUCUUCAUCAUCAUCAUGGUCCUUCCUUAUUUUCUCUCUUCACUCUUAAUCCUCCUGCACCUAUUCCUACUCCCUCUUCACAUGCUUAUUGUUUUCUGUUUUCGUUCACUCUUUCUCCUUCUUUUUCACCAAGAGCCUUCCGUAUUGUUUUCUGUCUUCAUUCAUUAUCUUUCUUCUUUUCUUUUUCUUCUUCUUACUCUUCUUUUUCUUCUUCUUUCCUCAUCGCUUUCUGUCUCCUAAUCUAUUUCUUCCUCCUUCUUGUUACUCUUAUUCUUCUGUCCUUCCUUUUUGACUUUUUCGACAACUUCCUCCUUCCGGUUACCUCUGUACUUCUUCUUCUUCCACUCUUCCUCUUCUUUUCAUUUUUCCAAACGUUCAUUCCAGUUCUUUCAUAUUUUCCUUUAUUCCACUUAUGA